CCCAUAACCGGCCCAUUCUACUAAACCCUAAACUCCCAACUCCCGUCGCUCUUCUGCCCUCGCUCUCUCCCUCGAUCUCGCUCCCUCAGAAAACCCUAGAGCUCCGAUCCAUCAGAGAUCUCCCCAGAUGACGAAGACAAGGGAAAGAAUGAGGCGAGUCCAGAAGGAGAAAGGCCGUGUCCUCAAAGCCCUGAUCUCGAAAUCCACCGGCAAGACCGCCGGCAGGAACUCCUCCGGCCGCAUCACCUCCUUCCACCGCGGCGGCGGAUCGAAGCGGCUCCAGAGAACGGUCGAUCUCAAGCGCAACACUCCGGCGACCGGGGUCGUGGAGAGGAUCGAGUACGAUCCCAAUCGAUCCUCUCGCGUCGCCCUCGUUCGCUGGAUCGACGGCGUCAAUCUCCUACGUCGAGGUCAGAGGAAGGCCGACGACGAUCUCUCUCCCUCGGCGGGAAGUAAGGUUCUUGAAUCUCCCAUCUCCUCGGUUUUCUCGUUCUCGACUCUCCCUGGGGGGGUCGAUCAAAAGCAGGGAUCGUCAUCUCGGUCCUCAUUGCAACCAAAGUGUUUGCCUAAGAAUUAUGUAGCUAUUGGAGAAGAGACCGUAAGAGCUUCGCCUUUCUCUUCGUCUCCAUUGGACGCGGAGGGAGAGAACCCAACUGUUUUGCCCAGUUCGUUAGGGUUUCGUUUCCCGAGGAUCGCUGUAGCUGGAGCAAGACCGGCAUUUUUCGCUCCCCGAGCAGCGGGAGAGGAAGACAUUGGAGAGAAUUUGACUCUUGAUGAGAUCUGGAGGUGGAAGACUCGGUCGAUUGAUCGGAAAGUAGCACUUUCGUGGCAAAGCUCGGGGUUUGUGGAAUCGAGACCUAAGCUUGAACAGAGCAACUUGCUCCCAACCCAAGUGCUUUCUUAUGCUUUAUCUAAUGGCCGGUCUCUUUAUCAGAAUGCAGCUCCUGUUAAGCCUAAAGUAGGCAAAGGGCCAAAGGAGGGCUGUGUGCCUGUCAGUUAUAUUAUAGCUAGUGACCAUUUGGAGCCCGGGAAGACUGUUGUGAACUGUGAUUUGCCCAAACCUUUGCAAAGCAAGAAGCUUUUGAAGGCUGAUCAGGGUGCUGAUAUGCAGAAGAAGCUGCAGGAGAUUAGCUAUGAGAGGCUCGAUUUGAGUUUGCAAGUGGGUAAUUGCAUACCUUUGACUGAUAUAAGAAUGGGAUCAUGGGUACAUGAUAUUGAGUUGCGUCCCGGUCAAGGUGCAAAGCUGGCUCGAUCUGCAGGAACCUACGCUAAAGUGAUCAAGGAGCAAGAUGCGCAAUGUUUGAUUCGGAUGCCUUCUGGUGUUGAGAAAUGGGUUGAUUCUCGAUGCAGGGCUACUAUUGGAAUAGUUUCUAAUCCUGAACAUGGUGCAAGAAAGCUUAAGAAAGCGGGUCAGAGUCGGUGGCUCGGUAGGCGCCCUGUUGUUCGUGGUGUUGCCAUGAAUCCAGUGGAUCAUCCUCAUGGUGGAGGUGAGGGUCGUACCAAAGGAGGUAGACCUUCGGUAUCACCCUGGGGGAAGCCUACUAAGGGAGGGUUUAAAACAGUUCUGAAGGUUGCAUCAAAAGGCAAACUUUGAUUCAUGCCAUGAAAGAAUCAUAUUAAACGGAAGUCCCUUUUUUAUGCUUUUUUAUCUUGAGAAUAAAGAGCACAGAGAACCUUUAGCAGGAAGAUUUGGCAUGUUGAGCUUUUAGUUCACUGGAUUCCGGAGAUGGCAGUUCAGUGUACACCUAUAUUCAGUAAUUUCUUCUGUUAAUCCUUCAUAUAAUGUUGGAAAUUGGCCGACACAUGGACAACAAUGUAAUGAUUCACUAUAUGGGUGCAGGCUUUUUCCUAGUUGCUUUGAUUUUGUUUAUGUUCAUUACAAAUAGGAAUGAGUAGAAUGUAGGAUUCAGUUCUUCGAGAAUUGUUACUUCAUCCUUGUACUUCAGCUUUAUUUGUAUCCUGCUGUGAGUUAUUUUUGCUGCAACUGCUUUUAUAUUAACUUUUUAGUAAACUUUUAUUGAA